AUGGCAGAGCGUCCUGACGGUUCAGGCGGUGCUGGCGGCGCGCCGCAGCAGUCUGGCGCCGUCGGGGUUGGUGGUGGUGCCGGGGACCUUGGCGUCGACUACGCCUGGCUGCAGGAGCAGCUGGCUGAGCUGGGCAGGCAGCUGGGUGCUGUGGCUCUUGAAGACGAAUUUGAGGACGAGUACGAGGAGUGGGAUGACCCCAGUGGCGGCCUGCUGAGCAGCAUUUUUGAAGCCUGCGAGAACGACUCCCCGGACGAGCUGGCGCCGCUGCUGGAGAAGCUCAAGGGCAGCGGAUGGGGCGUCAACGCCAUCGGCCCAGACGGCGACACACCGCUGCACACCGCUGCGCUGUACGGCAGUGAGGCGUGCGUGGAGCUGCUCCUGGCAGCGGGCGCGCGCGCGGACGCCCUCAACCCGGAGGAUGGCACCUCUGUGCUGCACGACGCCGCGGCGGGUGGCUACACCACCAUCCUGCGUAUCCUGGUCGAUGCGGCGCGCACGCAGCUGCUGCACGGCGCGGACGGGCCAGGGGCGGGAGGAGCGGCUGGCGAUGAGCCGCCAGCGGCAGAGGCGACGGCGGGCAGCGCGGAUGGGCGGACGGACUCGCCGUCAGCUGUUGCGCAGGGGCAGGAGCAGCAGGAUCAGGGGCAGGAGCAGGAGCAGCAGCAGCAGCAGCAGCAGGAACGUGCAGGCGAGGCAGGAGGGGAGGACGUCGUGGCGACAGCGUCACGGCCCCAGCAGCCCAAGACGCUGCUGGAGCUCAUCAACGCGGCAGACAGCGAGGGCGAGACCGCGCUGCACAAUGCGGCACGCGGCAACCACGUGGAGGCGGUGCGGUUCCUGCUGGCGCUGGGCGCGGACCCCCUGGCGGAGGCCAAGGACGGGUCCCUGCCCGUGGACGAGCCCGAGGACGAGGGCGUGGCCGCCAUCCUGCAGGAGGCCAUGGACGCGCUGGAGGGGGCCGGGGCGGGGGAUGGCCGGGAGGAAGGGGACGACGGCGUGCCUGCCAGCUGA